AAAUAGCAGCAGAGCCAGAGCUAGAGCUUCAGCCGGCGCCAGCGGCUGGAGCGGCGAGGGAGCUGGCCGAGCUGAGCAGCAAAGCAAGAGAGAAAGGGAGGCCCCCCAUUAUCCAAGACCCCUACAGGACCAUGUCGGAAUCUGAGCUGGAAUGGAUACCUGAGCCCCCAGCUAUGACCCUAGGGGCAUCCAGAGUGGAGCUUCGUGUGUCCUGCCAUGGGCUUUUGGACCGUGACACCCUCAGCAAGCCACAUCCCUGUGUUUUGCUCAAGCUCUACUCUGAUGAACAAUGGGUGGAGAUGGAACACACAGAAGUAAUCCGAUCUUGCUCCAACCCAGUCUUCUCCCGAGUGCUGGCCCUAGAAUAUUUCUUUGAGGAGAAGCAGCCACUACAAUUCCAUGUGUUUGAUGCUGAAGAUGGUGCCACCAGCCCUACAAACGACACCUUCCUGGGCUCGGCUGAGUGUACCCUGGGCCAGAUUGUUUCUCAGACCAAGGUCACCAAGCCACUACUGUUGAAGAAUGGAAAGAAUGCUGGAAAAUCCACCAUUACGAUUGUGGCUGAAGAGGUAUCUGGCACCAAUGACUAUGUGCAACUCACCUUCCGAGCCCAGAAACUGGACAACAAGGAUUUGUUCAGCAAAUCAGAUCCCUUCAUGGAGAUCUACAAAACCAAUGGAGAUCAGAGUGAUCAGCUCGUCUGGAGAACUGAGGUGGUGAAGAAUAACCUGAGUCCAAGUUGGGAACCCUUCCGUCUGUCCCUUCAUUCUUUGUGCAGCUGUGAUAUUCACCGACCUCUCAAAUUCAUGAUUUACGACUAUGAUUCAAAUGGGAAGCAUGACUUCAUCGGAGAAUUCACUAGUACCUUCCAUGAGAUGCAGGAGGGCACUGCUGGGCCAGGGCAGGAGAUGCAGUGGGAGUGCAUCAAUCCCAAGUACAGAGACAAGAAGAAGAAUUACAAGAACUCUGGGACAGUGACACUGAUUCAAUGCACGGUGGAGAAGGUGCACACUUUCCUGGACUACAUUAUGGGUGGCUGCCAAAUCAGCUUCACGGUGGCUAUUGAUUUCACAGCCUCCAAUGGAGAUCCAAGGAGCAGCCAGUCUCUACAUUGCCUUAGCCCUCGACAGCCCAACCACUACCUUCAGGCCCUUCGGGCUGUUGGAGGGAUCUGCCAAGACUAUGAUAGUGACAAGAGGUUCCCAGCAUUUGGUUUUGGGGCUAGGAUCCCCCCAAACUUUGAGGUAUCCCAUGAUUUUGCCAUCAACUUUGAUCCUGAAAAUGCUGAGUGUGAAGAAAUCUCUGGGGUCAUUGCUUCCUACCGCCGAUGUCUACCCCAGAUCCAGCUGUAUGGCCCUACCAAUGUGGCUCCCAUCAUUAAUCGCGUGGCUGGUCCAGCCCAAAAGGAGCAAAGCAGCGGAAAGGCCACUAAAUAUUCAGUGCUGCUAGUGCUGACAGAUGGAGUAGUCACUGACAUGGCAGAGACCAGGACAGCCAUUGUCCGAGCCUCCCGUCUACCCAUGUCCAUUAUCAUUGUGGGUGUGGGCAAUGCUGAUUUUUCUGAUAUGAGGAUGCUGGAUGGUGAUGAUGGACCUCUCCGCUGCCCUCGUGGGGUCCCUGCUGCUCGGGACAUUGUUCAGUUUGUGCCCUUCCGUGACUUCAAAGAUGCACCCCCAUCAGCUCUAGCUAAAUGUGUCCUGGCUGAGGUACCCAAGCAGGUGGUUGAAUACUAUGCCAGCCAAGGCAUUGCUCCUGGGGCACCAAGGUCCUGCACCCCUGCCACCACCCCAAGUCCAUGACCCUGAAGCCAGAGAAUCUGGACACCCCCUUCAACCUCUCAGUGCCUGUUCUGUCCCCUGUGACUAGAGUGACCAGUGCCUCUGCCUUUUGGAUCAGCUGUGCCCGAGGAGACCUGCAAGUGAGAUGUGGGGCUCUGCAUCCCACUCAGAUUCAGGUCUCUAUCCUCCAAUUCUCUACUUUAUUGCUUCUCAGUCCUUUUUUGUGUGUCCCCCAGGUUCCCAAGUCUCUGUUAAUAAAGUGAUCCAUUACUAUCCA